AGUUGCACCAGCAGUAUCUUAGUCCAUCCGAGGUGGACCGUGCUGUCCGAACAAUUAUUGACGUUCAACUUGACAAUGCUCCACUGCGUGUAAUCGACACAACCACCGGCCUCUUGUGCGAUCGAGAGACGCAGAUACGCACUUUCAAAACGACCAUAGAGUACCAGGAGCUUGUGUCAUCAAUAAACACACAUCAAGAUCUCCGAAUGAAGGGCGUCGAAGAAGUGGUGAUGACAUACUUCCAAUAUGUUAUGCUAUCGCACAAAUGGGAAGGCGAGGAGCCGCUGCUGCAGGAUAUCCAGGGCAAGGACAUUUAUAAGUUGGAUCCAAUUAGCGGCAUAAAGAAGUUGCAAUCGUUCUGCAAAACUGCUCAUGAUUUGGGGUAUCGUUGGGCAUGGAGCGACACAUGCUGUAUUGACAAGAACACCGAUGUUGAGCUCCAAGCAUCGAUCAAGUCCAUGUUCGCCUGGUAUCACCAUUCCGCGCUCACGGUUGUAUACCUCUCAGAUGUUCCGCCUUUGUCAAAAUCUGGUGCGCUAGCAAAGAGCGCUUGGAGCACUCGCGGAUGGACGCUUCAAGAAUUCCUCGCUCCCAAAGUUAUUCUCUUCUAUCAAACGAAUUGGACUCUUUAUCUCGACGAUCGCACACCAAACCACAAGAAUUCCGUCGCGAUCAUGCAGGAGUUGGAGGUUGCAACGGGCAUAGACCGACGGGCCGUUGUGGCCUUCCAUCCCGAGAUGAGAGAUGCCCGAGAGAAACUUCAGUGGGCGUCGACGCGUACUACCACGUUGCAAGAAGACAUCGCAUACUCGUUAUUCGGUAUCUUUGGCGUCCGCCUACAUGUUGAUUAUACUGAGAAGAAGCAGAACGCGCUCGGGCGGCUUCUGCAGGAAAUCAUAGCUCAGUCUGGUGAUAUUACUGCCCUGGACUGGGUCGGAAAGUCAUCAGAGUUCAAUAGCUGUCUACCAGCCGACAUCACUUCAUAUGAAGAUCCACCAUGCAAGCUGCCAUCUCUUUCUGAAGAAGAGAUUCAGUCAUCGGUCUCCUCGCUGCGAGGUGCUGUAGCUCCACAGCCGGCUUCGCAAUUAUAUCAGACACUUGACUACCUGAGCGCUGCCCGCUUUGCUCACCACCGGUUGCAUCUGCCUUGCAUUGUAUUCCCGAUCACAGAAGCCAGGCGGAAGCUAGGUCAUGACCAGAAAACAUAUACGUAUGAACUCAAGUCAGACGGGCUUCGCAACCUGCAGAUCACCACAGAAGACAAGUUCUCUCAGUUUUCGUCGGCAAGGCCGCCUCCCGCCUGGCAGACGAUCGUGCUUGUUCGUCCAUGGGAUCGCCAUCUACUCGGGCUUCAUGACACUGCAGACGAUAGGCAGAGCGUGGACAAUUGGUCAUUACCCGAAUCUCCGUCGUGCGAUUCGUCCGCUGCACAAACUGAGUCUAUUUAUUCGGAUUCUCACUCACAAGCAUUGCGGUUGCUUGUUCGCCUUGGGCUACCAUUUAGUGGAUUUCUGCUAGCACGGCAGCGCGACGGAGAAUUUAAAAGGAUCGCAUCUGAUCGUAAUAUUAUUGCACAGGUUAAAGACGUGGCUUCUAUUACAUACUUGAUGGACAUCAGGACACUGGAGGUACUGUAACUGUAUGCAUGGAUCCUUUCCAGUCUCUCGCCUGUUCUGGGAGAGCGUUUAUCGUCACGCCACCCCCUAAGAAGUGAACUAGUCUUCGUCUGAAUUUGGGUGGCCGUUUGAGGUCUCGCCUAGACUGAAAACAUGAGGACUCAGCCACAGCCCUUCCUCCUGGGGCCUGGCAAUUGCCAAUUGAACCCCAGUCGACCACUGACGAUCAGGAGCGUCCAAGACUCGCUUAGAUUCGGCCGGAUAAUCAAAAAUCGGGUAGUGCCGGUCACAUUCUUCGAGUACAUUGUUACUUGUCCAGUGUCGAGGUGCACACCAGUCUACCUGGAAUGGUUC